CAAGUGAGGUAGCCAGAUGUGCAUACCCUCGAUAUAUACUUUCACCUGUCGCCUGAUACCCGGUCAGCUCAAAACUUUAGAAGACAAAAAAAAACUUUAUUUUACACAACUUUACACCAAAGGUUUCAUUUCGAUAUUACGAUCACGUCGAUCCCGCUGAGCGCCGGAAUAACUGAAAUGACUCGCUUUCCCGCACUUGCAGUCGUGUGGGUAUAAAGGCACUACUAGUUACUCAUUUUCUGUUCUCUCUUACAAUACCCAGCAUAUGCAAAAUGAACUCUACCAUCUCGCAGUGUAUCGCUGGUUACGCAGCUGACGCUCUCAACAGUCUUUCUCCAGCCCAAAUUGACUUCCUCCGCAAGUUACCCAAAGCCGAACUUCAUGCACAUUUGAAUGGGUGUAUCCCCAUUCAAACCCUUCAGGCGCUAGCUCAGGAAAGACUUCUGAGCUCUUCUAGCUUACCUACCGAGGUGCAAGCGGGUAUCGAACGUCUCCAGAACGGGAUCGUCCUAAAUGAGAUUCAUGAAUUCUUCGGACUCUUCCCAGCCAUCUACGCACUCACCUCUGCACCUGAGCCUCUUGCUGUUGCCGCUCGAGCGGUUCUCACCCAAUUUCUGGAACCUUCGCUGGAGAAUGGUGAUUACCCCCAAGCGGCAUACUUAGAGCUUCGUUCGACUCCAAGAGAGACUCCGGAGAUGACCCGUCUAAAAUACAUUGAGACGGUCCUUGAUGAAGUGGAGAAGUAUCCUGCAGAGAAGGCUGCGCUGAUUGUGAGCCUUGAUAGGAGAAUGUCUGAUGAUGUCGCAAAGGAGUGCGUUGAAUGCGCCGUGACGCUCAAGAAAGCUGGGAGGAGGGUUGUUGGCAUGGAUUUGUGUGGUGAUCCUUUAGCUGGCAACAUGGAAGAGUUUGCUAAACAUUACCGUACGGCCAAAAAGGCUGGUUUACGUGUAACAGUACAUAUCGCAGAGACCAAAGGAAGCCAUGUCGCAGACACCCUACAGUUACUCGACUUCCAACCUGAUCGUCUCGGCCACGCUACCUUCCUUGAUGCGGCCCAAAAGGAUUUCGUCUGCAAUAGCAAAAUCGGUGUCGAGAUCUGCUUGUCGUCGAACCUAUUGUGCAAGACGGUCCCCACGUUGGAAGACCAUCAUAUUAGUCAUUAUUUAAAGCAUAAUCAUCCUAUCGCGAUCUGCACUGACGAUACCCUGCCAUUCCGGAACUCUCUCAUCAGUGAGUACGCAUUACUUCUGGCGGCACCACCAGUAGGUCUGGGUCUUCGAGAGGACGAUGUUGAACGAAUUGCUCGUAUGGGUAUGGAGUGCCGGUUCAAGUCCACAUAAGUAGACCAUGAGACUGUAGACCUAGACAAAAAUGGACACAACGGAAUGGACGAAUCCCACCACUCAUUCCUUGAGUCAUCAUUUCGUCAACCAGUGCAUGACAUCCACGGCGUUCAUACAUUUCUUCAAAAGAUGCUAUUAAACUAUCAGAAGUUGUCCGAAGC